AUGGAGGAUACAUCUGCCAACGCACAGGUGCGGAAACUGAAGACGCUGUUAAGGAAAGCUGAAGAUAAAGUACUUAAUCACGAUAAGGUGAUUUAGCUUAAUUUUUUAUACCGCUGUUUUCCAUUCUGCUGCUUUUCAUGAGUUUAAAUUAGACUUCAAUCUUUGCGGAAACUCUGCUUAAAAGUGUUGCAAGUGAAAUUUUCAGUCGAAAUUGAAGAUAUUUUUACAGUAACGAUUAAGAGCAACCUCUUUUUAAGUUGAAAAUAUUUCAUCGUUUCCAAAACACCUAACGGAGAAAAUAUUUCGGAUCGUUUGAUGGUUUGUGUUAAAGGUGUAGCAGUGGACUAAUUUCAUUUGAAGCUAACCGGUAAAUUUCCUUCUAUGCUGGAAAGUCCAAUUGCACAAGCAGAGCGUGAAACUACCCUAUAAGACUGAAGCGAGGAUGAAAUUCCGGUUCUCAAUGGUGAAAGGCACUCGUAUUCUGAAAGGAGUGUGCUUAUAUAUUUACAAUACACAGUUGAUUUUACCUGAGUGUAUAUUUACUAUAUUUCGAAUCAAUAUACGAUUACAAUACCGAUAUUUCUUUUAUCGUUUCUGUCAUGAUCACACUGAUAUGUUAUGCAACUAAUGCAAGAAAAGACAACAUUACUCUGUGUCAGUUAAAUGCGUUGCAAGUUGCAGAAAAAUUGUCCUGUGUAACAUGCGCUUAGUUAUUUUUGUUUCUCUAUACUCCUAUAGGAAUUCGAGGCGUACAAAACCCAUACCGAGAAGCUGCUAUUGAAAGAAAGAGAAUUGAAUUCCAAAUUGCGUCAAAUUAUUGGUUAAAUGAGAUCGUAUAAUAUUAAUUAUGUACAUAUAAUUAUUUAUAUUAUAUAAAAUCCAGUUUUGUAAAUAUUCAUAUAGCCAUCAACUAUUAUACAUUGUGCAAAUGUGUUCUUUCUACAAAUGUAUUCUAAUAUAAAUAUUUUAAUGCAUUUUUUAAAUACACACAAAUGCAUAUUAUCUGGUGCUGGUUCUAUGAAAUUCUUAACUGCUUUUAAACUACUAUUUAACUUCUUGAAGUUAAUUUGAACUACUUUUUUAUACAACUGGCCCCUAUAACGGUUACUGUCCAAGUUCCGCCAAUUCAAUUUCACCCCUAGAAAGUGCGGUUUGGAGAGCAUGUCCUCCUAAGUUUCAGCCUCCCUAACUUUAAUUAGUGAGCUUAAGCAAGUGACGUUUUUGACAACACGAACAUCGACCGGAAGUAAAGUUGAAGUUUUUCACCAAUCACAGCCCUUGACCCAGUCUUCUGACGUUACUCAUGCCGUUCGUGUUGUCAAAAACGUCACUUGCUUAAGCUCAUUAUUACCUUCCUACGCCACCGCCGAGAGGUUGCGCGGGGCCCGGGGAAAAACUUUCCCAAGGGUCCUAUGACGUCAUAAUUGUAAGACUGGAAAAGCGCUGUGUUACAUUUUAUUGCAUAAUAAUAUACGGGAUUGACGCAGCUAGGAUUUAUAUUCUUAUGUCAAGAAAAUUUAAGGGAGUUAAUUGCUUUGGUCCCAGUGCAAGAUGCUGCCCCCUGCCGUCCCGGCGGCACUGGCCACUGCCAUUGUCCCUGAUCAUGACCCAUCUGUUUAUGACUAUGUUAUUACAUACCAGCUAGGAAGAAACUAUAUAUUUUGAAGUAUUAUAAAUGAAAACUGGAUUUAAAUUUCCUGGAAAAAACCUUCAAAUUCUUGAUGGAAACAACGGCCGGAGGAAGACCUUUCUAAAGAACUAGUUGAACGUCAAGUCACUGUUUAUUUGUUUGGUGCAAUAUUAUCACAAAGCUGUUGUUCUUGUGCGUUGAAGGAGACUGUUGAAGAAAAUGAACAAGAAGAUAAUGAAGAAAAAGAUAAUGAAGAAAAAGAUAAUGAAGCAGAAGAUAAAGAAAAAGAAGAUAAAAUAGAAGGAUAUAAUAAAGAAGAUAAUGAAGAAGAAGAUAAAGAAAAAGAAGAUAAAAUAGAAGAAGAUAAAAUAGAAGAAGAUAAUAAGAAGAUAAUGAAGAAGAAGAUAAAGAAAAAGAAGAUAUUGAAGAAGAAGAUAGUGAAGAAGAGGAUAGUGAAGAAGAUAAUGAAGAAAAUGAUAAUGAAGAAUAAGUUAAAAAAGUCCUAG